AUGGGGAAGCAUCUGGUGCAAGCUUUUGGAGCCAUUGACAAAUAUCCUGAAAGGCAGAUUUACAGCAAUCGGAAGAAUAAACAAGAAUUAGGUGUAACUCCUUCAGUGAAAAAUUUAAAAGGGGAAAAGAAUAAAAAGGCAGUUCCUAGUUAUAAAAAAAGUGUUUUGAUCAAUAGUUUUUUAUUCCCCGUUUUUGCAGUGUUAGAGCAAUUUUCUCCUGAAGAUGACCUUCAUAUUACUGCAAUUAAUGGUAAUACUGCUGUGAUUCCUUGUGAUCCUCCAUUUAGUGUGCCAACUGUUGUUACUUCGUUUUUAUUUAAUGGGAGCAAGAUUGAUCGAUCAACAGAUAACAGGAAACUGAUGUCAUCAGGUGAUUUGCAGAUUUUUAAUGUAAAGCCAGAAGAUGCUGGAGAAUAUAAAUGCAUUGCCUAUAAUCCUUUCUUAGCAGAAAAAGUGAUGUCAAAAAGGAAAAUUAUGCUGCAAGUUAUAGCCCCUUUUCGGCCUGAACCGCCCAGUUUUGUGAAGACGCCGAGAGCUAAAAUAGCAGUUGCAUUAGGAAGCAAUGUGACUGUGGAAUGUGCAGUUGCUGGACAUCCACUGCCUGUUGUAAGUUGGAGAAAGCAUCAUGGAAAACUUCCUCAUUCACGAUAUCAACAAAUUGGAGGAAAUCUCCAUAUUAUUGGUGUUCGAAGAGGAGAUGAAGGUGUGUAUUACUGUGAAGCAGAAAAUUCUGUUGGAAAUGUGUCGAGUAGUACGGAGAUUGAAAUUCAGGAAACACCACAGAUAUUAAAAUCCCCUAAAAGCAUAUCUGUUGAAGUGGGAGAAAAUAUGACAUUAAGCUGCCUAGUCCAUGGGCAUCCAAAACCUCUAGUGACGUGGAUGCAUAAUGGUAAAAUAGUAUCAGUUGAUGCAGAGAGCGAAAGUAAAGAAUCCCAUUUGUUGAUAACAAAUGUAAAUCACAGGCAUUCUGGAAUCUAUCAGUGUUUUGCUAACAAUGAUUUGGGGACUGUUUACUCAGCUACAAUAGUCACUGUGACUUCCGGCAAUAAAUCAGUUGAUUUUGAUUAUGAUGCACAUAAUUAUGAUGAUUAUGAUGCAGAUGAUACAAUCAGCACUCCACCUUUAGUUCAUGAAAGUAAAAAGGAUUUGGGAAUCGUAGACAAAAAUUCUGAAGAUGCAUUAAAUUCAGGGAGAGAUAAAUUACCUAAUUUUGACUCUGGUUCAAGUCCAAAAAGAAAAAAAAAGAAGCAUUCAAAAGGAGUUAAACUUGUACCACCUUCAAAACCAGAAGUAACACGAUUAUCAAAUACUUCUGUCAUGGUGAGAUGGGGUGUUCCUCGAAAUGAUGGACUUCCUAUUUUAUUCUUCAAAGUCCAGUACAAGGAAGUUGGAAGGAGGAAAACUGACUGGAUGACUAUUGAUGAAGAUAUAGCUGCACAUAUUCACUCGUACGCAGUUACAAACUUGAGAGUGGGUGGCAACUAUCGAUUUCGUAUAGCAGCAGUCUACUCAAAUAAUGACAAUAAAUCUGGUCCUGUCUCUGAUAAGUUUGUUUUGUCAAAGGAUACACCUAUGGAAAAACCAUCUGUUGCACCUAUGAUUACAUUUGCAGAAGCAGCAAGUCCAUCUGCUAUAACACUACAUUGGGAGUACAAUGAUAUGGAUUCUGUACCUACAGAGGGCUUUUUCAUACACUAUCGUGCUACUCAUACUGCUGGCAAAUACUUGAAAGUUACUGUAUUGGGGGCUAAUACCAGAUCUCAUAUUAUUUCACAUCUUUUACCUGAUACUGGUUAUGACAUUAAAAUGCAAGCCUUCAAUGAUGCUGGGCCUUCUGAUUUUUCUAAUAUUUAUACUUGCAAAACAAAAGAAUCUGAAGCUUUACUCGGGAUCCGCAACAGAAAUAGUAAAUCCCAUCAUACAGAUGAUAAUGAUAUUUCAGUUACUGAGCCUGUUUCAUCCAAAAACUCUGAUGGCAAUUUCAUUUUGUACAUAGCUUUGGGUGUUGUAUCUGGUGGAUUGUUGAUAGCAGUGUCUGUAUUUCUUGCAUUGUUUAUUCGUCAAAGGCAAAACAGAAAUCCCAGCAUAGAAGAAGAAAACCCUGAUGACCCAUUAAAAAUUGGAAAUGGUCACAUUACUUCAAAUGGUUAUAUAGCUGUUGGUAAUAAAGUAAACAUCAGUGUCAAUCCAUUAUCUCAUUUAGAUCCAGAUGAUGAUGAUGAUGAUGAUAAACCAGAAAAUUUGGAAGGUAUAGUGUCUAAUAAUAAUGAAAUAAUAAGACUUCAGACUUUUAAUGCAAAUACUGAACCUCAACAAGAAUCAUUAUUAAAUAAUCCUGAAAUAAAGGAAAGCAGUUUGAUUGAUUGUAAAAAUGCUGCAACUGUGAUAUUGCCGAGUGAUUCUGGAACAAGUGCAGAGUUAUCGGAUGACAUUUCUUGAAGCUGUGAUCAUAUUUUAUAAAUUAAGAAUUCAAAUUUUGAAAGAACAUUUUAUGUGACAAACACUGUGCCUGAAUUGUUUCUUGCGAGUUUUUUUAAAUAGGAACUUCAUGUAUGGAUUUUUUUAGUUAUAAGCUUUUUUUUUAACCUACCUAUGCUAGUUCGUACAAAAUAGGUAUUGGCAGCUCAAUUAAAAAAAUUUGUAUAUAAAUCUAUAAGUAAUUUGGCUUUUGUAAAUAAGUACUUAAAUUUACAUCAUCAUUUUAUAAGCUACUUAAAUAAUUUUAGUACUUGUGUUAUUUAUUGUUUACUAGUUCCUUAAUGUCCUAUAAUAGUUUGUAAAGUGAACAAAUAUUUUUGUUAUUGUUACAUGUGCCAUUUCUGUAUGCGUCAUCAAGCCAGUGUCAUGCAUAAUUCAUUAAGUGUUGAUUUUAUGUAAAUAUGAUUCAGUAAAUGAAUCUAAAGCUAUUUGGUUACCUAG